UCGCUUUUUUUCUCUCUUCAGUACACCAAUUAUACAUAGAAACAAAUGAAUAAAGCUUAUUCUUCUUCUUUUCUCUGAAUAUUCUUUUCUUUAACGCUUCACGAAAUUGUACGUGCUUGGUCAUGAACUCAUACCCACAAUCACCUCGCACUACUGCUAAUACACCUACAAGAGACAGAACGCCAUCAUCAAACGGUGUGCCAGUCAAAAAUUAUACAAAACCCAUUCGCACUACAGGUGAACGUCUUGCCUCGCUCGUUGGUGCGUCCAUUACAAACAUUAACGAAACUGUUUAUGUGUUUGGUGGAUUCGAUCAGUAUACAGACGAAAUUUAUAAUAAACUGUACAAAUUAGAGUAUAAUAAAGAUGACUGUCAGUGGAAGCAGAUCAUUUACAUAAAAGGUGAUCCGCCUGCAAAACGAACCGAUCAUACAGCGACGUUAUGGAAUGAAGACAAACUGAUAAUAUUUGGAGGUAGUUCAGAAGAAGAGGAUAUAUAUCUUGAUGAUAUUGUUGUACUAGAUUUUUCAACUAUGAGUUGGCUGCAUCCAGUAGUGCACGGAUUUAUACCAGAAGGACGUAUCCGGCAUUCAGCAUCUAUAUGCGGAAACAAAUUAUAUAUUGCAGGAGGUGUUCGACGUGGUGCAACUAUGUCAGAAUUUGCAGAUACACUGUUAAUUCUUGAUUUAGAAACUUGGGAAUGGGAGCCACCAAUACCGUUUGUUAAAAGGGUGCAACAUAUGAGUUUUAUAUACAAUUCUAGGCUCUAUGUGUUUGGUGGAUUAAGGGAAGAUAUGAGUAGAUCUAAUCACUUGGCAUUUAUCGACCUGAAUAAAACGGAAGAUAUAACUCAGCUAGAUAUCAGCUCACCAGCCGCACCGUCUUUAUUAGGGCAACGAUUUGCGCAGAUAUGUGGGGAUCAGUUAAUCGUUUUAGUCACCUUACCAUUUAGAGAAGCAUUAAUGGAAGCACCGGUGACAGGGCUUUGGACCUUAGAUAUACCCUCCAUGCAAUGGCAUUGUAAGGAAUUGGGCACAAGAUAUGAAAGUUGCAGUUGGCAUUGCUUUUCUAUGGCAGAACACAGUACAACUUUCUUCUUAUUUGGCACAACAGAUGAUGAUCCUGACGAAUUUUAUGGAACGGUGUUAAAAGUUGAGUUGGAGGAAUUAGGCAUUGUACCAGUCCCCCCACCACAGCUAGGGAAAGAUCUUGUUGCACUACUAUUGAAUCAACAACUACAACAAGGAACCGAUUUCACAAUUUGUUCUUCAGCAGAACCAGAUGCAACCCCAAUACACGUUCAUCGCUUAGUGCUGUUGGCGCGCUGGCCUUAUUUUGAGCAUAUGAUAAACUCAGGCAUGGCAGAGUCUGUCUCUAAUACGCUAACAAUGGAAGAACCCAUCUUCACUGUUGGCUGCUUUGUUCGAUUUCUAUAUACAGAUACAUUGGAGCACCCGGAUUUUACAACUGAGACAAUAGCUGAUGUAAUGGUAAUGGCGCACAAAUACAUGUUACGUAGAUUGCUGGCCUUAUGUACUCGGCAUCUUUUCAAAAAAAUGAAUGUUGACAAUGUUGGCAAGAUAUAUCAUGCUGCUAGUUUGUCAGAACAAAGAGGAUUGCUACAGGCUUCUUUACAUUUCAUUUUCGAGCAUUUUGGCGCAGUUGUUCAAACGACUACUUUUCGUCAGCUGCCACAAUCAAUUUUGUUGCAAAUAUGGAAUGAUACCCCUAAUAACGCCGCAAUUGUGUACCAGCCUUACCAGCGGAAUGCUUUAAACGAUAGAGACUUUGGAGAUGAUGAGGAUAUGCUUGAAUAGGUGGAAAAUGACUAGAGGAGUGGAAAAGGGCAAUAGUGAGGAAUCCUCCUCU